AUGUCCUGGAAGCUCACCAAAAAAUUAAAGGAGACGCAUCUGGCGCCUUUGACACAGGGGUUCGGCCGGUCGUCGUCCACUUCUACAAUCAAGGGUGACUCAAAUGGCGGUGGUGAUGAAACCCCCCCCGCUUCCGAGUCACUCGUCUCACCCCCUGUGAACCCCGUGAAACCAGGGAUUCUCAUUGUCACUCUACACGAAGGCCGAGAUUUUGCCUUGUCUCCCCAUUACCAACAGAUUUUCAACUCGCAUUUCCAAAACAACUCGUUCAAUCCCUCAUCUUUGCGUCCGAGCACGGCCUCCUCAUCACAUUCCUCCAACGCACAAGCAGCGGGCUCGUAUGUGCAGUCUAAUCGACCACAGUCUACAAGCGGAGGAAUCAAUGCAGCCCCUACCAUUCACGGCCGUUACUCGACCAAAUACCUUCCUUACGCACUUCUCGAUUUCGAAAAGAAUCAGGUCUUCGUCGAUGCUGUCUCUGGUACACCCGAGAACCCGCUGUGGGCGGGUGAUAACACCGCUUUCAAAUUCGAUGUUUCCCGCAAAACGGAAUUAAAUGUGCAGUUGUAUCUGAGAAACCCAGCCGCUCGACCCGGCGUGCAGUCAAGAUUCACCCUCGAUUCGAAGAAGCAUCUCAGCCAUACGUGGAAGACCCCAAAUUAA